UUCAAUCUUUUUUUCGAUAUUAAACUCUUGUGUUUUUUUUUCGCCCCUUUCUGUAUAUUAUAUUCGUGACAAUUCGGUCAUUACUUCACGAUGGAUGUGCUUCUCGACAUCCUCGACACAUUCGUGUUCGACAGAUUAUAUGCAUCAGUGUUACCAGCGACGAAUCCGGUCCCGGCACCUGCAGGAACAUACAACAAACACAUUAACCUCUAUUACCCACUGCCACCGUCUCCAUAUGCAGACAGUAGCAGAUGGAAGCGAGAUGAUGUCGCUCGACAAACAACAUCUCUAUUCCUAAUUGGAUGGAUCUUCGCAACGGCCUUGUACUUAAUUGGCAGCACAAUCAUCUACCACACACUCUUCGACAAGCGCCUAAUGCGACACCCACAUUUCCUCCCUCACCAAAUCCGCCAAGAGAUCCGCCAAGGCAUAACGUCCAUCCCCGUAAUCGCCGUGCUCACGGCCCCGUUCUUUCUCGCAGAGGUACGCGGCUGGACCAAGCUAUACGAUUUCGCCGAUGAAGCCCCCUUCCGCGCCUACAACUGGCUGCAGUAUCCACUGUUUGUAUGUUUCACGGACUGUGGCAUUUACUGGAUUCAUCGGGGACUGCAUUACCCGCCCGUGUACCGGUGGUUGCACAAGCCACAUCAUAAAUGGAUUAUGCCGAGUCCGUUUGCUAGCUAUGCGUUUCAUCCGGUUGAUGGCUGGUCGCAGAGUAUCCCGUACCAUGUGUAUCCGUUGCUGUUUCCGUUGCAGAAGAGUGCGUAUUUGGGGCUUUUUGUCUUCGUGACUAUGUGGACGGUUUUUAUUCAUGAUGCCGAGUAUCUUUCGCAAUCUGUGGUUGUCAAUGGUGCAGCGUGUCAUACCAUGCAUCAUUUGUACUUCAACUAUAACUAUGGUCAAUUUUUGACGUUCUGGGAUAGGUUGAACGGGACAUACCGCAAGCCGAAAGAGGACGGAUUCAUCCAGAAUGAGAACCGCAAGGCUCAAGCUCUCAAGAAAGAUUGAAGAGAGGGGCGUUAAUGUAUUUUUAGCAAUUUAAUCUAAUAAUCAAUGCAUGUAUUAUGUAUCUCGACAACACCAUUGAA